CCAUUUUCUGAUCAUAUUCAUGAUGAAUAUCUUAUUCUUGAUAUUCUUAAUGGUCUUCGUCCCGAAUUAAUUAACAAUUUACCACAGCCUUAUAUUGAUUUAAUGGAAAAAUGUUGGGACGCGAAUCCAUUAAACAGACCAAAUGCUGCAGAUAUUAUAACAUCUAUUGGGAGUAUUGAAUCAAAAUUAGCUGGAAAAGUAAUAAAAUUCCCAGAAAAUGUAAUACACAGGCCUAUAAAAGAAGUAAACCCACAGGCAAUAUAUACUAGUAGAUCACUUAGUUCCUUAGUUAACACUGCUCUCCGGAUGAAAUUAAACUAUAGUACGCUUACAA